AUGGUGGGUAAUUUCAGCAGACAAUGUUUAAAUAGCCGUUGGGUUGGAUCCAUACCUAAAUGUGUCGAGGAGCUAAACUUUGGUAUUAUAAGUGCCAUCAAUUUGGCCGAUAAAAACAAUCAUUCAUUGAAAUAUGAGGACGGUUGGGUAAAUCGAGACCCGGUAGCUGCCUACUAUGUCGACUACAAACGUGAUAAAUGUUUGCGGUCGACAACAAUGUCUCGGCCACACUCAUGGAAACUUCAUUUAGCAAAAGAGAAACGCCAUAUAAGCUAUAUUGAAGUGGUUAUAAAAGACACUGGCAAUCGGUUCGACAAUUUGGACGCUUCAAAAAUUAUCAAAUAUGCCAGAGUUAACGAACUGCGCGAAUGUGUGGCCAGUGUUGUUGAUACAACCGAUGCAACCAAACGUUUGGCUCUGAACUGUCUCAUGGAGUUUGACGGUGACUCUAACUGGGAGGCCUGGGAACGGGAUAAGACACAAGUUAUUGAUAUUCAGUUCGAUGUGAACGACAUAAGUAUCUGCGAAAUACGAUUGUACACCAACUCAUUCAUGCCAUUCCAUCGGUGCGGUUCGGCCGACAUUGUUAUGUACUCGACAAUGGAGUUUAUCAAAAGUGGCAAUAAAUACUCGGGAAACUCCUAUUAUAAAUACCAAUGCGAUGAAGGAUUCCAGUUAGAAGGUUCUGAUGAUGUCCGGUGCGGUCUCAACAACAACUGGUUGGACCCGUUUCCAGUGUGCAAACCGAAAGCUAUGUGUCCGUAUCCGCCCGAUAUGAACGGUGCACUGAGUGUAGGCAUUAAAACCGAGCACCUGUACUCAUACGACGGGAACGUUAGCGCAUUGGCCGGCAGUGUUAUCUACUAUCAAUGCGUUGGCGACAAUGGCAAUCAUUCAAUUAUGAUUGGCGACUCGGUUCGGUUGUGUGGCAUCAAUGGCAACUGGUCAGGUGUUAGUCCCGUUUGUAUCCACGACAGUGAACUCAAUUCCGAUCAUUUUAAUGAUAUUAAACAAAGUGAUCAAAAUUAUAAACACAUGACAACUAUUGAAAUGUUUGCCAAUUUGACAAAAAUAGCUAACCAGACAGCCCUGGCCUGUGGUAUUCCGGCGAUGCCAUUGUUUGCAAAGCCUACGACUGCAAAGCGGUAUAGGAUGUUUGGUGGACAGGCAGACUUACGUCGAUGGUAUGAUAAUGGCACUGUCCUAACCUAUCAGUGUGAGUCAGCCUAUCGUUGGGUGUCAGGUGAUGUAGAUCAGAGAACCUGUAUUAAUGGUAAAUGGAUUGGAAAUGUAGGCAAAUGCGCUGUCAAUUGGGGAAACAAAGUUAAACUUGAUGUCAUCUAUGUGUACGAUCUGGACAAUAAAGGACAGUGGACUAACCAGCAUCUGGUGAUGUCUACUAACUCGACAUCAGCAUGGGAUGAACAUUUUGCCUAUAGGCGAGACCCGGAUAAGGGAGAGUGCGCUACCUUUACGGUGGACAGUAAGCAUCGGUGGAGUUUGCGGUUAAACGAGACGACUUUUAUCACCUAUUUUGUAGUGAUGUUGCAUCCGGGCGGCUUUUUUGGUGCCAAACGCAAGAUUAGUGACCCGAAAAUAUUGGCUAAAAGUCCGGUGACGGCAUCGGUCGAGCGGACUGAUUGUGUGCUGACAUCGGUCUGGGAUUACACCCAUUCCAAGAUCGGUACAUUCUUUUUCUUUACGUGCGAUAUGAAAGAGCCAAAACCACAAACAUAUCGUUGUGUUCGUUGGCCGUAA